UGUCCGACGUGAGAAGUGAACCGCGUCACGUAACAUAGCAACUCGAAGAUGGUCGAGAAAAAGCGUCGCAGAAAGCUCGUCGGUUUUAGAGCAAAGGUCUGAUUCGAGCAGACACAGCUAGUCGUCUGACUAACGUUUGGAUUUUUUACUUGUAUGUGCAAGUUAACGCUAACCUGACUACCGCUACGAUUCGGCGAAUAAUUGGAACGAAAACGCCGAACUCUGUCAGAUAUUCGCUUGUAAACUACAGACUCGAAAGCUGUGGGUUUUCGAGCGAGCUUUGAGAGGAAUUUAAAGAUAUUAACGCUAACUAGUUAAGUGAGUUUUCUCCAUUUUUGAUCGCGGAAAAAGUGUCAUCAGUACGGUUCGCGAAUUUGUUGCUACACGGAGCGGUUUAGCGCGUAACGAGCGAGGCUAACAGUGUAAACAGAAAGCCGCCUUGCAUGUGUGAUUUAUAAAAAGAGAAGGAUUUCGGGAUAACGUUAUGUUUAAGAAUACAUUCCAAAGCGGAUUCUUGUCCAUUCUGUACAGUAUUGGGAGCAAACCUCUCCAAAUAUGGGAUAAAAAGGUGAGAAAUGGACAUAUAAAGCGGAUUACCGACAACGACAUCCAGUCUCUGGUCCUUGAGGUGGAGGGAACUAAUGUCAGCACAACAUACAUCACAUGCCCGGCAGACCCAAAGAAAACCCUUGGCAUCAAACUUCCCUUCCUGGUUAUGAUAAUCAAGAAUCUCAAGAAGUAUUUCACAUUUGAAGUUCAGGUGCUGGAUGAUAAGAACGUGCGGCGGCGAUUCAGGGCAAGUAACUACCAGAGCACCACCCGGGUGAAGCCGUUCAUCUGUACCAUGCCCAUGCGGCUGGACGACGGCUGGAACCAGAUCCAGUUCAACCUGUCCGAUUUCACAAGAAGGGCUUACGGCACAAACUAUAUCGAGACGCUCCGUGUACAGAUUCAUGCAAACUGUCGCAUAAGAAGAGUGUACUUUUCUGACAGACUGUACUCUGAGGAUGAGCUUCCAGCAGAGUUCAAACUCUAUUUGCCGGUGCAAAACAAAGCAAAGCAGUGAAGUGGCACAUCUGAAGGAUUCUCCUUUGUUCUAUCUGCAGUUUUUCCACACAACAUAAUUUCUAGUAACAUGUCUUUGCUUUGUAUUUGUAAAGUUAUUUUGGAACCAUGUGAUUAGUUUCUGUGUUUGUUCCCUGCUAAAUAAACGUUUUAUAUGCA